GGUCAAAACCGUACAGCCCAGAGCUGUACAAUUUCGCGACCCGCCCUCUCCAUGUGCUGGGCUCCAGGGGAGGUUCUACUUCCUUUCCCCAGCGGUCUCUAGAGCUGAAGAUGGCUGCUGUUGCUGCUCUGGGAAGGUUACUGAAACCUGCGCUCGGCCGGCCCGUUGCUUUUCACUGGAGGGCGUGCUCGGCUGCUGGAAAGUCCCUUCGAAUAGUUGCGCCUGCAAUCUGGAGGAAGUGUGAAGCCCAGACAUCGCCGAUUUUCCCUCGGCUCCAUUUCAGUACUAGUUCUUCAAAGUUUGUCCCUGCUGUUACCCAGCAUGCUCCCUAUUUUAAAGGCACAGCUGUGGUUAAUGGAGAGUUCAAAGAAGUGAGUUUAGAUGACUUUAAAGGGAAAUAUCUGGUCCUGUUCUUCUACCCAUUGGAUUUCACCUUCGUCUGUCCAACUGAGAUUAUUGCUUUCAGCGACAAAGCUAAUGAAUUCCGUGAUGUGAAUUGUGAGGUUGUUGCUGUAUCAGUGGACUCUCACUUUUGUCAUCUUGCCUGGAUAAAUACACCACGAAAGAGUGGUGGAUUGGGCCAUAUGAACAUAUCUCUUCUAUCAGAUUUAACAAAGCAGAUUUCUCGAGAUUAUGGUGUCCUCUUGGAAGCAUCUGGUAUUGCAUUACGGGGACUUUUCAUCAUUGAUCCCAGUGGAAUUAUCAAGCAUUUAAGCAUCAAUGACCUUCCAGUUGGCCGCAGUGUAGAAGAAACACUGCGCUUGGUGAAGGCAUUCCAGUAUGUAGAAACACAUGGAGAAGUGUGCCCAGCAAACUGGACCCCAGAUUCCCCCACGAUCAAGCCUAGUCCAGAAGCUUCAAAAGCAUAUUUUGAAAAAGUACAUAAAUAAGUCAAGAGAGGGGAAGAAUUAGUAGAAUAAUGUGGGCUCAAACCAGAAAUUGAUUUUUAGGAGAGCAGUCAGGAUCAGAAUACAAAUGAAAACCUAUAAUUACGUGGGGAAAAGUCUGUUAUUUUAAAGGAUUUUCCUCUCUUCCUGGUACAUUUCAGUAGCCCCAGGUACAUUUAACUGACAGCACUAAGUCCUUGGCAUUUCUAACAUGUAACAGCACUAAGAAGAAGUUCCCUUUUAAAAAUUUAAUAAUAAUAAUAAAUGAUGCCUAUGUUUUAUACUGUCUAGAACACAUUUACACUUUGGAAUUGUGCAUCAAGAAGUGUGCAGAAAUUUCUCUUGGUUCGUUAUCUUUAUCGGUCAUAGGCACUCUAAAAAAGAGGGCUGUUAAACUCUUGUGUCUUCCAUCUUCCUCAUCUGCUGAAAGAUUAAUAAUCAAUUCACACAACUUGUGUUUAUAUUACAUGAUGCCUGGCCUAUGUUUGUCUGUACAAGGCUAUGUCUACCCAUGUAGAUUUCAGCCCCCACUCUCUCUCCCCCCCCCCCCCCGUUUGGGUGAGGUGUACAUGUUCAGAUGCAUAUUCAUAGAUCCAAACGCUCAAUAAAUACUCUACAAAUGGUGUGUGUGAGUCCAAGACACUUCUGCAAUUUCCAUUAUACAAAACCAACCACCUGUGCUGCUCUGUGUAUUAGGGUAACAAUAAAGUAUUGUGAAAUCUGCAGUCAACCAUCAUAUGUAAGGUGUUGAUUGUAUUGGAAUAUUUGUGCAGGGAAAAUGAAGGAUUAAUACAUUUUUUAAAAAAUAUAUAAUUAUGUGAAUUAAAACUUCAGUUGUACAUAUUACUUAAUAGUGACUUGUUGCAAUUGAUGCUGACUGUUGAUGCUUUGGACUCUCCGUUGUACUAUGGGGUGUUUGUAAUUAUGUGGAAGAUUCAUUAAUUAAUCUGUGCAUUACAAGAGCUUAUUUCCAAAAUGAUUUUGAACAUCUGCCUUAAGGUAUGCAGCAGUGAAUAAAUGAGGCUUUAAAAAACCUGCUUGAGAUAUAUUGUAGUUCUUGUACCUAGAAAUCAUUAGGCAUGUUUGCUACUCUGUUUAUAUUAGAAGAUAAGAAGAUGAUAUUGGAUUUAUAUCCCGCCCUCCACUCCGAAGAGUCUCAGAGCGGCUCACAAUCUCCUUUACCUUCCUCCCCCACAACAGACACCCUGUGAGGUGAGUGGGGCUGGAGAGGGCUCUCACAGCAGCUGCCCUUUCAAGGACAACCUCUGCCAGAGCUAUGGCUGACCCAAGGCCAAUCCAGCAGGUGCAAGUGGAGGAGUGGGGAAUCAAACCCGGUUCUCCCAGAUAAGAGUCCACACACUUAACCACUACACCAAACUGUGGACUUCUUAACCCUGAGAGUUUCUGCUUCAUUUCAGAGGAUGCUUCUAGCUCUCAAAGGGUCAGUGAAAUGCUCACCCUGUCAGUUUCCUCUGGAAUUGCUUGGAGUCACUGUUCGUAUUGACAUGCAUCCUGGAAUUGUUUAUAUAGUCACCUAAAAAUUGUUGUAGUUACACCAGUCAUAAUACCCUGUUUCCCUGAAAAUAAGACCUACCCAAAAUAUAAGCCCUAGCAGGAUUUCUAUGCAUUUGUUAAAUAUAAGCCCUACCCCGAUAAUAAGACCUAGUGAUGGGUGUGGCUAUGCAGCGCAUCUGCAUAGCCACGCCAUGCAUUUCGGCGCGGAGUGGUAAGGAAGAGUGAAAUACCUGGAGAGUUAUGACAAUGUUCCAGAAGAUGACUUAAUUGUAUUUGAAUAAAUGUAGAUUGUUGUAUCAUACUUAAUAAGACAUCCCCUGAAAA